UAGAGGCUGAAGUUGUGUAAGGUGGAGACCUGACAAAUUAUAUAGUACACGGUGCCUAACACACUUACAUCACUGAAGCGAAGUUACAUUAUUUCCAUCUCUGUGCACAGAUAGAGCUGUCAGGCCGCAGUGAUGUGGGGUUCAGGACUGUUGCUCCUCCUGGUAGGACUCUGGCAUCAGUCCCAUGCCCAGAGCUCUGAGUCCAUGCUUAAGGUUGUUACACAGACGAUGCUUCCUCCGGACAGUCUGCACAAUCCCACACAACUCAACUAUGGGAUGGCUGUGACAGAUGUGGAUGGUGAUGGCGACUUGGAAGUGGUUGUGGCGGGGUACGAUGGGCCCAACUUGGUGCUGAAGUACAAUUACACUCAAAACAGACUGGUAAACAUUGCUAUUAAUGACAACAACUCUCCAUACUACGCCCUGAGGGACAUAGCAGGAAAUGCUAUUGGAGUCACUGCCUGUGAUGUGGAUGGAGAUGGACGUGAGGAGAUCUACUUCCUCAACACAAACAGCGCCUAUUCUGGACGGGCAACUUAUUCAGACAAGUUGUUCAAGUUUCGAAAUGGUCGUUUUGAAGAUAUUCUGGAGGACGAGCUCAAUGUGCGCCGUGGGGUUGCUAAUCACAUGGCAGGACGUUCGGUUGCAUGUGUUGACAGAAAGGGAACAGGCCGUUACUCGGUCUACGUGGCCAACUACGCCAGUGGCAACAUCGGUCCCCACGCUCUCUUAGAAAUGGAUGAAGCUGCCAGUGAUGUUGAGAAGGGCAUCAUCGCUCUGUCUGACGUGGCUGCCGAGGCCGGGGUCAACAAGUUCACAGGUGGGCGCGGCGUGGUGGUCGGACCAGUCCUGAGCCAGACGAGGUCGGAUGUUUUCUGUGACAAUGAGAACGGACCCAACUUCCUGUUCAAGAAUAAUGGAGAUGGGACUUUUGUUGAUAUGGCCAAACAGGCAGGUGUGGCGGACCGGUACCAGCAUGGCAGAGGAGUUGCACUGGCUGACUUCAAUGGUGAUGGAAAGACGGAUAUCAUCUACGGCAACUGGAACGGCCCACACAGACUUUUCCUGCAGCGCAGCGACUCUAAAUUCAAGGACAUAGCCACCGGAGAAUUUGCAGCUCCCUCACCUAUUCGCACAGUCAUCGCUGCCGACUUUGACAAUGACAAGGAACUGGAAGUGUUUUUCAACAAUAUUGCUUACAGAGGGGAAGCCCCAAACAGGCUAUUCAGGGUUUCAAGGAGAGUUAAUGCAGACCCUUUGAUCCAGAAGCUUAACGUGGGAGAUGCUGCAGAGCCAAGGGGGCGAGGGACAGGCGGGACCGUGACAGACUUAGAUGGAGACGGACAGCUGGAGCUGUUGCUGGCACAUGGAGAGAGUGCUAAGCAGCCAAUCUCUGUCUUCAAGGUCACACAGGGCUCAUCCAACAACUGGCUUCGGGUCAUCCCUCGCACACGAUUUGGCUCUUUUGCACGGGGAGCCAAGGUGACAGCCUUCACCAGUCAGAGUGGAGCACACACACGCAUCAUUGAUGGAGGCUCAGGGUACCUGUGUGAGAUGGAGCCAGUCGCACACUUUGGAUUAGGGAGUGACAAUGUGACGGUACUGGAGGUCUCCUGGCCAGACAGCAGCUCCACCACUCGAACCCUUCAGCCUGGUGAAAUGAACUCAGUGGUGGAAGUAGCCUAUCCCAGAGCAGGGGAAACAUCUCUGCUUGCCAAUGACACGCAGUGUGGCAAAGGCUUUGUGGUCAGGAAUGGCCGCUGUGCAGGUCUGUGAAGACAAUCAUAUCAAAUGCAAUAAAAAUUUGCUUUGGAAAAUGCAGUCUUACAGAAAACAUGUUUUUUAAAGACUUUUUUGUCUGUAGCUGAAGACAAGAGCCUUGUUUUUAUUACUCUAUGAGUAGUGUAAUGUGUUUGUGUUUCUUAUUUUUUCCCUUUGAUUGUUUACUUGAGUUUUUCUUCUUUUUUUUUGUUUCUCAUGUUUUUCCUUUGAUUGUUUACUACAACUGCUAGCUUAUUUUUUAUGUGUCAUGGCAAACUCCCUAAAUAAACAGCUACAAAUCAA